AUGAACCGCGACAUGGACGAAACAGAGAACGCGUCUUCGCUGUUCCAAAACGACAGCAAUCUAGAGGAACAAAAUGACAAAGUGUCGCUGACAGCUAAGGUGCCGUUGAGUUAUCAAAUAGCGACAUCUGUGCUGAUCGGCGCGCUAAUCUUGUGCUCGGUAUUUGGAAACGCGUGCGUCGUGGCGGCCAUCGCUUUGGAGAGGUCACUCCAAAACGUGGCCAACUACCUAAUUGGGUCUCUUGCCGUAACGGACCUUAUGGUGUCGGUACUCGUCCUGCCUAUGGCAUGUCUCUACCAAGUUUUGGACAAAUGGACACUCGGACAGGUCGCAUGCGACAUAUUUAUCUCGUUGGACGUUCUGUGUUGCACGUCUUCGAUUUUGCAUCUGUGCGCCAUUGCGCUGGACCGCUACUGGGCGAUCACCGAGCCUAUAAACUACAUGAAAAAGAGGACGCUGAAACGUGCGGCGGUUCUGAUCGGCGCAACGUGGCUGGUGGGCUUCUUGAUAUCCGUGCCGCCCAUGUUGAUCAUGAAAUCGCAGCCCAAAAGCAAAGCAGAAGGCAUGGCCAACCCCGAAGCGUGCACGAUCAGCCACGACCCGUGGUACACCAUUUACUCAACAUUUUGCGCCUUUUACAUCCCGCUCAUCCUCAUGCUCGUGUUGUACGGACGCAUCUUCAAAGCGGCACGGUUUCGUAUCCGCAAGACGGUACGCAGGACAGAGAAGAAAAAAGUCACAUGCUUGACUGUGUCCCCGGCGCUUUUUAAGCGCGCCAAUGGAGAGCCGGGUAAAAGCUGGAGGAGCAGCGUGGAGCCCAAGCCAGCGUCGUGCGUUAACGGCGCAGUGAAGCACACCGACGACGGCGAGUCUGUGGAGAUUGUGGAAAUUCACGGCAAUUCAAGGCACGAUCUCCCUUUGCCUAACACACCGAGCUCGGCGCCGCUCUUCGAAAACCGACACGAGAAAAACACGGAGGCGAAGAGAAAACUGGCCUUGGCACGGGAACGCAAAACCGUAAAGACACUGGGCAUUAUCAUGGGCACGUUCAUCCUGUGCUGGCUGCCGUUUUUCAUCAAAGCCCUGGUGAUGCCUUUCUGCCCGUCCUGUGAGAUGCCCGUGUGGCUCCAGGACGUGAUCAACUGGCUCGGCUACUCAAACUCACUGCUCAACCCUAUCAUCUACGCGUAUUUCAACAAGGACUUCCAGAGCGCCUUCCAAAAAAUCAUCAAAUGUCAUUUUUGUCGAAAAUAACCGUGGAUUGCUUUGCUCUGCGAAUCACUUUGGGACUAAAAUAUAUUGCUCAUUUGUUGAAUUUCCAGG